CCCGCCCGCAGCCUCUCCUCCCCUUCCUCCCCACCGUCCCUGCCCCCUAGGUGCCUGGGGACCCACCGUCUGCCCAGCUCCCGGCUGCUACCCUCUCCCGGCCGAGUCCCGGGCUCCCCGGUGGCCCGCAUCCCCGCCGCCGCCCCCGCCCUCUCCCGGGGAGGGGGUCAGGUGGGCGGGCACUAUUGUUGUCGGAGCCAGCGCCAGAUUCCUCAGCCGGGCUCGGGGUGGGACCGGCUGGGUUUGGGGGGGUGGGGUAGGGGGAGCGGUGAUUUGAGCUCGGAGCAGCUGGUCUUCGCGGCUCGCUCCCUCCUUCGCGCUCCCUCGCUCUCCGCCGCCGCCCGCAGGGCUGCGGGGCUCGGUGGCAUCUCCCGGGCGCGGCCCGCCGUCCUCGCCCCUGCCUCCGGGCCUCUCCCGCCCCCGGCGCCGCUCGCUUCCCCGCACCCGGACUCCCCCAUGUAUGACGACUCCUACGUGCCCGGGUUUGAGGACUCGGAGGCGGGUUCAGCCGACUCCUAUACCAGCCGCCCAUCUCUGGACUCUGACGUCUCCCUGGAGGAGGAUCGGGAGAGUGCCCGGCGUGAAGUGGAGAGCCAGGCUCAGCAGCAGCUUGAAAGGGCCAAGCACAAACCUGUGGCAUUUGCGGUGAGGACCAAUGUCAGCUACUGUGGUGUACUGGACGAGGAGUGCCCAGUCCAGGGCUCUGGAGUCAACUUUGAGGCCAAAGAUUUUCUGCACAUUAAAGAGAAAUACAGCAAUGACUGGUGGAUCGGGCGGCUAGUGAAAGAGGGUGGGGACAUCGCCUUCAUCCCCAGCCCCCAGCGCCUAGAGAGCAUCCGGCUGAAACAGGAGCAGAAGGCCAGGAGAUCUGGGAACCCUUCCAGCCUGAGUGACAUUGGCAACCGACGCUCCCCUCCUCCGUCUCUAGCCAAGCAGAAGCAAAAGCAGGCGGAACAUGUUCCCCCAUACGAUGUGGUGCCCUCCAUGCGGCCUGUGGUGCUGGUGGGACCUUCUCUGAAAGGGUAUGAGGUUACAGACAUGAUGCAGAAGGCUCUCUUCGAUUUCCUCAAACAUAGGUUUGAUGGCAGGAUCUCCAUUACACGUGUCACAGCUGACCUCUCACUGGCAAAGCGAUCUGUGCUCAACAAUCCUGGCAAGAGGACCAUCAUCGAGCGUUCUUCUGCCCGCUCCAGCAUUGCUGAAGUACAGAGCGAGAUUGAACGUAUAUUUGAGCUGGCCAAAUCCCUGCAGCUAGUUGUAUUGGAUGCCGACACCAUCAACCACCCCGCACAGCUGGCCAAGACCUCCCUGGCUCCCAUCAUCGUUUUUGUCAAAGUGUCCUCACCAAAGGUACUCCAGCGUCUCAUCCGUUCCCGGGGGAAGUCACAGAUGAAGCACCUGACUGUACAGAUGAUGGCAUAUGAUAAGCUGGUUCAGUGCCCACCGGAGUCGUUUGAUGUGAUUCUGGAUGAGAACCAACUGGAGGAUGCCUGUGAGCACCUAGCUGAGUAUCUAGAGGUUUACUGGCGUGCCACCCACCACCCAGCCCCUGGCCCUGGACUUCUGGGCCCUCCCAGUGCCAUCCCUGGACUUCAGAACCAGCAGCUGCUGGGAGAGCGUGGCGAGGAGCACUCACCCCUUGAGCGGGACAGCUUGAUGCCCUCAGACGAGGCCAGUGAGAGCUCCCGCCAAGCCUGGACGGGAUCUUCACAGCGUAGCUCUCGCCACCUGGAGGAGGACUAUGCAGAUGCCUACCAGGACCUCUAUCAGCCUCACCGCCAACACACUUCGGGGCUGCCCAGUGCUAAUGGGCACGAUCCCCAGGACCGGCUCCUGGCCCAGGACUCGGAACACAACCACAAUGACCGGAACUGGCAACGCAACCGGCCUUGGCCCAAAGAUAGCUACUGAUAGUCUCCUGCUGCCCUGCCCUGGCAGGCACAGGCAAAGCUGGCCGGGGCACCCACUCCAGGCAGGGUGGAGUUAGACUGGCAUUAGGCUGGCACUAGGCUCAGCCCCCAUGACCCCCUGCCCAGCCCCAGCUUCAGAGCUGCCUGUGGUUCCAAGGUUCUGGGAGAAGCAGGAGGCCCCCUCACCUCCUGGGCAGUGAUCCCCCACUCUGGCUCCCAUUCCAGGUACUAGCUGUGUGUUCUACACCCCUGGCACCUUCCUUCUCCUGCACAAGAAGCUGCCCCACUGGGCAGUGCCCUCAGGCCAGGAUCCCCUUAGCUGGGGCCUUCCCACCAGACUCAGGGAAGGGAUGUCCCCUCAGUGAUAAGAAGGUAGGGGUGUGGGCAGCAUGGCAUGAGUUAAAAACACGGUCCCUGAGCAGGCACAAGUACUAAGAGUCUAGGGACUCAGGGAUUGUGCUUUGGGGUCCAAGGGCCUCCACUCACCUCACUGCCGCACAUUAGAAAUGAGACAAUCAAAGCCCACCAGGGUGUCAUGCCCAUCCGUAAGCUGAGUUGGGUAUCCACAUACAAUACCAGAGCAGCAGGCUGGUCAGGCUGGGGCCCAAGAACAGUCUCACAGCUGAAACUCAUGGAGGACAGGGCUCUCCUCAUCCUGCCAGGAAGCUUCUUAACAUCUGAUAGGACUGGGGACCAAGAGCAUGGUCAAGCCAAAUGGAAAACAGGAGCCAACCCAGAUUGGGGGUUUGGGGAAGGAGGGCGUGUAGCAGAGAACUCCUAGAACAGCUUCAACCACCUCCUUGCCUUUCUCAUUUUUUUGCCCUUGCAUCCUGUCAUUUGUUCUUUUCCCUCAUAAUUCCUGGGAGAUAUGAGCUCCAGACUUUGUUCCCUGACUCCUAGCUGCCGCUUGUUAGGUUAGGGUUAGAUGGGGAGAGAUGGGACACGAUGGACAGCCCCUCGAGGCCCUGUCUACCCAGCUACUCUUGCCUUAUGGCUCUAGUGUGUGACCUGCAGAGCAUGCUCCAGAAGAUCCUGCCUCACCUGUCAUCACCAAUAAACACCAUGCAUAGUC